AUGGACUUUUACGACCAACGUAAGCCGCUCAUUUUCGGCCAGUCUAGCAAAGGCUUGUGCAUGAUCGUUGUCGCCUCCUCGAUCAUUGGCUUUGGUUCUCCGCAGUUUAAACAAGUCGCACAAGUGGUAGAAUUCAGCUUUCCGAACACCUUAUCCGGCAAUGCUACAGUCGACUUUAUGUUCCUGGACAUGGUAUUCUUCGGCGCCUUCUUUGCUUCUAUACCCUGGACCUACGAGAAAAAGGUGUUCACUCUGAACGCACGCGGUCGGGGCAGCCGCAUUGGCAACCUGCACAACAUGUUUUGUAAAAUUCUGAUUGGGACUUUAUAUCUCUGA